AUGUCCAAAAAGCCAGAACCCAUGAAUCCCCACAAGGCCAUCUUCAAGAACUACGGAAACUUUUUGGAGCUGCCGCUCAAGGAGCGCGUCACGGCCCUCGAGCGGUCGAUAACCGACGAUCCCAAUUUCUUCGGCUUCGACACGUACGCGCUGAAACACUGCUCGCUCAAGCUCCUGGAAGCCACGCCAAACCGGACGAAAUGGUCUCUUACCAUCGGGCGAGAGCUUUGCAACAAGGGUGGAAAUCUGCACGGUGGCGCCGCUGCCACGUUGCUUGAUAAUUUGACGUCCACGGCGCUAGUGACGAUUGCCAAGGAGGGAUUCAUGGACGAGGGACAUGUCAGUCGCACGAUUACGACGAGUUAUCUUCGGCCGGUGCCCAUGGGGGCCAAGGUUAUCGUGGAUUGUGAGGUCCAUGGCGCGGGACGGAAUACGGCGAACAUCCUGGGAAAGGUGUACAAUGAGGAGGGGAAGUUGUGCGUUACGUGUGUACAUGACAAGGCCGUGUUUUCCAGCAAAGGUCGGGAUGCAAAGUUAUGA